UGCCCUUUCCCAGCGAUGAGGGCGUUGCUUAUGCUCAGGUGGUUUAUAAGUCAACUGCUUGACUUGGCAGGAAGAGGAACAAGGAAGCGAAAGAAAGCUUCACUCCAUACGAAACUGCUGGAAAGGUGCUGCCAGCUACAACUGUUCGUUUGGGAGAGCGCAAAGGGAGGGAAAAUGAGCGAAUCAGGCAAGGAUUUUGGCCAAGAGCUCAGUGACCAGAUCAAUGAUGUCCUGAGUCGACUGCAGAGCAAGGAGCUGUUUCAGUCCACCUGGGACAUUGUGGCCUUUGUCAUCUUCUUCACCUUUAUUGGUGUGGUCCUCUUGAUGGCUCUUCUGGUCCUUAUCCGCUGUUUCUGCUGCUGCUGUGAUUGUGACUCACCUAGAUCAUACAACAAGGUUCCCAGGGGAAAAGUCGGCAUCGACAACAAGGGCAUGGAGCCUUAGCCCUGCUGGAACAGGUCACCUCUGCAAACACAAUCAAGUGCCUUUGCUUUCAUGCUUUUUCUGUAAAUUGGAUCCCACCAAAGAGGGGACAUUGGGUUGGUGUUAAAACUGUGAUCCUUUCUAACCUUUACCUAUAAACAGGGACGCAGCACAGCACUCAGGUCUUCAUCCAUGAGCCGAUUGUCAAAUGCUUCAAAGAUCUGAUGUUGCAAAAACUGUGAAGCUCAACAUCUUUGUGUUUCUUGAGAACAGAGCUCAAUCUUGAUUUUCCCCUUCUACAACCAUGAACUGAAGUCCAACUGAAAAAGUGUGGUUUCGCCCUUAUAGAAUCAUAGUGUAUUUUAUUUUAGGCUACUAUGACCAAAUUCUAAUUUGCCUGGAUUCUUGUGAAUCUUGGUUUCUGAAGGUAAUGACUUGAAUAAAGUAAAAAACACAGCA